GCGCCUUUGUAUGACGACCAACAACUUCUUGGUGUUCCUCUGUUGGCAGCCAAUAGACUCAGUGCUCCUACUCAAAUCAAAGAAAUGAAACCAAUCAAAAACACAUUUCCAAGACUUGCCUUAAAGGAAAAGAAAAGAAGUUCUUUUUAUAAGAAAAUAUUACCUUCUGAACAACGUGUUUUGAAAACGAGGGAAGAUGAAGUAAUUGAAGCAAGUAAAAAAGCAAACGAAGAAAUUGAAACUGAAGCAAUUGAUGAAAAUGCUAGUACCAGUGAUGUACAAGAAACUUCAUCACCAACACCAAAGAACAUAGGUAAUAAAGAAUCAAUUAAAGAUGAUCCUGUAAAUAACAAAUCAUCAUCAUCAACAACAACAAAUAUUUCCAACAAUUUAAACAUUUCGAAAGAACCAAAGGUAGAAACUAAAGGAAUGAAAAUUAAAAAUCCUUUUGUACAUAUUAAACCUAAAGUUGCUUAUCUUGUAUAUUGGGAAAAUCCUAUACAUUCUGGCACAGCCUUAGCAAUUGGAUUAUCAAUUCUCAUUUUUACAUCAUGUUAUUCUUUGUUCGAUACAUUUUGUUUUCUUUUUGUCUCUUUGGUAGGAUUGAAUACGAUUUAUGUGGCUGGAAAAAAACAAUUAAACGCAAUACUUAAUCAAGAACCCAUUAAUCCAUAUAAUGAUUAUUUGGCUAACAAACCUUGGUAUGUUGGAAGUGCACAGGUGAAUAAAUAUAUUGAUGAAGUAAUUUGUGGAAUUAACUUCAUUUCAGUGGAAACUCAAAAGAUUGUUUUAGUGGAUGAUGCGUUGAGAUCAGCCAAGUUUGCAUCUCUGGUCUAUUUCGUAUGGCGGCUUUCUUCUUGGUUUAGUUUACAUACGAUUUUAGGAAUUGCACUUGUUCUUGGGUUUGCAAUACCUAAGCUUUACUUACAAAACAAAGCUUUAGUUGAUGAAAAAUUAGAUCAAGCAAACAAAUUAACUUCUGUCUAUUAUGAACGAACUUAUACUAUUUCUCAAAAGAAAGUAACACCACCAUCAGUAACAAAUACAACACAAAAAAUAAGUCUUUGUAAUCCUUUAACUUAUGAAGAUGAUGACAAAACUCCACAGGGAGAUAGAUGUGCAAAUGGGACGUAUAUUUGUCAGAUUAUAACUAAUAUCAAAGAUAAAGAUGAAAGAAUUAUAGAAGUUCAAUCUAUUGCAGGAGAAUUUGAAGAAAGGAAACUAGAUCCAAAAUAUUAUUUAGAACCAUCACAAAACAAAGAAGAUCUACAUGAAGAGCAACAACGAGCUAAUAUUACGUUUGUUUGUGAUAAAGAAAAUAAAGAAGUGGAAAACCCGAUUACCUUUAAAGGUUAUAAAGAUAAUGUAUUAUCUUUAGAAUGGACAACACAUUCAGCAUGCGGAACUAAAAAUCCUGAUAAUACUAAAACUCUUGGAGGAUUUGCCAUAUUUUUAAUAAUUGUUUCUGUAUUUUUUGGAUCAUAUUUAUUAUUGGGAGCAGCAUACAAUCACCACAUCUAUAAUGCACAAGGGUGUGAUUUACUUCCACACAGGUAA